CCUUCUUCAUCAAUCAAUUCUCCAUCUUCAUCAAUCAAUUUUUCAUCAUCAUUAAUCCAAAAAAAACAAAAAACAAAAAACAAAACUCAAACCCAAAAAUCUUGGAUUCCAUCGAACCCAAGUGUACUAAGUUUCUUUGAACCCUGGUCCUUGGAACCCAGUUGUUGGGUUCCAUCGAACCCAAGUGUGCUAGGUUCCUUGGAACCCAGUUGCUAGGUUCGAAGGAACCCAGGCACACUGGAUUCCAUCAAACACGCGAACCCAGUGAACUAACAGGCCUCGUCAUCAAAAUUUGAACGGAAAGACUAAAUCGGAAUAAAAAUGGUGAACAGUAGAGACCAAAUCAUGGGACCUUCCUCAAUCGAAGAACUCUCCCUGCUGAUUCGUGAGCAACAACAUUACCACACUGCAUCGGAGAUGCUGAAACCCGCCGGGAUAGAAAGCGGGCCAUCAUAGCCUUACAACCUAUUACAAUGUGCACAUUAUUGGAGAUAAUUAUGGUUUUAGAUUGCAGAUAAUUAUGGAUUUAGUAUAUCUGGUAUUUAUUUAAAUUAUCUGGUAUAUUUGAAAUAUAUUGGCAUAUCUGUACCAACUGAUUUAGCUCAGUUGAUUUAGCCACCUUUUACUCUGAUUCCUUGUAUAUAUGAUGUACUGAUCUUUUCAAAGAAAUAUACAGAAAUAGUAUUC